UGAGAUGUGAGAAAGUUCAGGGUUCAUGAUAUUUGCAGUAUCCUCACCAGCAGAGGGCAGUAGUGGUCUGCAGUAAACGGGUCAGAACCGGCUGAACGGCAUGAACUGCUCUCAGCCUUGACGCUGCAGGCGUCUCUUAAAAAUAUUAAACAUUUGGGAAGAUUUCACAUGAAACAUUUGGGAGGAUUGAAAUCUUGUAGUCAGUCACACAAAGGAAAAAUGAUGUUUUUGAUAGGAUAGGGAAGACAUUCCCUCAUCAGGUAACUUGAAAAAAUAUAUAUAUUGGUUGAAAUUUUUUAAAGCCAGUCCGAUAAAUUAUUUUUUACCUGCUUCAAGACAAAUUUGUGCUAAUUUGACGUCAGAAGCCGCGUCCUUUCCCUUGUCCCUUAAUUCAACGACGCAGUUGUUAAUUGCGAAAUUUCCCACGUAACACGGAAACGUUUUCUCUUUGAGCCAAUCACAUCACCGGGAAACUCGGCGAUGGGCGGGGCCUACUUUCAACCGCACGCGCCGUCACGGUGCUGCUUUCUUCUCCAAACCGGUACCGGCCGGUUUUCAAUCAGGAAGCGAGGAGCAGAUAAAAGGUCAACGGGACUUUACUUCUGCCUCUGUCCAGGAUGCGGUAGGCCGGUGGAAGCAUUUAUGUAUUUGUACUGAUACUGUAGACUGCCAGUGUUGUUUUUUCCUGGAGCCCACGCUGUGAGAAAACCCCACUGUGGAGGAGCUCCAGUAACCACAGACUCAUCACUGCAUAGACUUUCCUUCACGUGCAGGGAAACGCUCCCAGCUGUAACCUCUCCUCUCUGAAGAGCUCUGGAAAGCGAGUGGACGACAGAACGUUGCCUCCAGCAGUAUGGAACUGUCUCUAGCUCACCCGGCUGUCAAAGCCUUCGUGUGUGGAUCCUUCAGUGGGACCUGCUCCACCCUGCUCUUCCAGCCUCUGGACUUGGUCAAGACCCGCCUGCAGACCUCACAUAGUGGCACGCAGCCGGGGUCGAGUCGGGUCGGGAUGACGUCGGUGCUCCUCGGCGUGGUGCGGACGGAGCGGCUGCUGGGGCUGUGGAAGGGCGUUUCUCCGUCGUUCGUCCGGACCAUCCCGGGAGUGGGAAUCUACUUCAGCUCCUAUCACUCCCUGAAGCAGCACUUCUUCCAGGACAGCAGGCCGGGGGCAGCACAGGCCGUGAUGCUGGGAGGCGGGGCCCGGACCGUGGCGGGGGUUGUGAUGCUGCCGAUCACUGUCAUCAAGACGCGAUUCGAGUCCGGCAGGUACAGCUACGUGAGCGUGAGCGGCGCACUGCGCAGUGUGUGUCGGAGCGAAGGCCCCUCCGCUCUGUUCUCUGGCCUCAUGGCCACCCUGCUCAGAGACGUUCCUUUCUCUGGGAUCUACGUCAUGUUCUACAGCCAGGCCAAGGCCUCGCUGCCGCAAGAGAUCAGUUCGUCUCCUUCGGCUCCUGUGGCUAAUUUCAGCUGUGGGGUUCUGGCCGGUGUUCUGGCCUCUCUGGUCACGCAGCCAGCCGACGUCGUAAAGACACAGGUCCAGGUGAACCCCCAGCUGAGGACGACGGAAGCCGUCCGAUACAUCUACACGGCUCACGGCCUCGAAGGCUUCUUCAGGGGAGCGGUUCCUCGGUGUCUGAGGAGAACCAUGAUGGCCGCCAUGGCCUGGACAGUGUAUGAGCAUAUGAUGGCGCACGUCGGACUCAAGUCCUGAAGGAAACACCGGUCGAAAGCUUGUGUCUAAAAGGGAAAAACAAAGUCAGGAAUGACGAGAACGAAGAGGGCGGCCUCGGUUCAGUGACUCAGGACAGACGGAUGCGCUCGUCACGCUUCCAUGUUGGAAUUUUAAGGCUGAUGUUGAGGAAUCACACUUGGAGAUGGUGGGAAGAAAAAGUGUCUGUGAUGGGGAAGGAGCCACGGAAAUGAUUAGUAAAACAUGUUUACUGUUAUUAUUAACACUUUAACUCAUAAAAAUGAAUGCUGAAUUGAAAAUAUUUGAUGUUGAACACACUUUUCUGUCAAACUCACAUGGUUUUAAGGAUGAGAAACGAGACUCCUAAGUAAAUUCACAAACCAAAUGUGAGAAAUACAGAAACGAGUCGGCUUUACGUUAGCGCCAUGAACUCGUUUUGUGAACGUCUGGCUUUCAGGUAAAGCCACAAGAAUCAAACGGAUUCUGUCCAAUCGUUUCGUUUGUUUUAUAAAAAUAAAUGAAUUGCUUUCUCUACUCAUGUCUCAAGUUGCUGUUUUGUCAUGUUGCGUCCACACACACAAAAAAAUCACUGCUAUGAAAAAUGUACAAGUCAAAACUAACCAAACGUCUUCUCCUGGAAGUCUUUGCUUGCAGCUUUGAACAUCUUGAAAUAAAAUAAAAUAGAUAAAAAAAUCCAGGCCUCUUU